CGCAUCGCCAUUCCAACUGACCAGGCGCCUGCCUCCGCCACCUUUGCGAGGUGUCCACCAUGGCCUGCGGCGGCGGCGGCGGCAUUUUUAACCGGGCGCUGGGCUACGUCGUCAACGAGUUCCUCGUCCAGGGCCUCGCCAACAACCGUGCCUUCCAGAGGUUUGCUGUGAGGACUAGCAAGACUUUCGAGAAUCUCUCAUCUGGAGUUAAACAAGUGAGGGAGGAGGUGUCAGAGCAAAUUAGGGAUCCUCGUGGGCAUGAUAAUGGCUUCAAGCAGUGAUUCUGACUCCUAGGCCUGCAUCAAGUUGCUAGCUGUACAAUCCUGCUAUCAGCGUUCCCGGUCAUCUUUUCUUAUCGUAGUUUUGGAUGCCAUCCUCAAGUGGCCAUUGUAUAAAAUCUGAAUCCAAAUGAUCUUAUUUUCUAUUUAGAAUGUUUUUCUUAGAAAGAACUAGACGCAGAGCAUUAUUCUACUCCUUGGCUGAGCCUCAGUUCUACAAAUUUCUAUGCUGGAACAAAUUACUCCCUCCGUAAACUAAUAUAAGAGCGUUUAGAUCACUACUUUAGUAAUCUAAACGCUCUUAUAUUAGUUUACAGAGGGAGUACUAUGUAGCCUGCUGGAGCAAAUUCUAGAGAGGGAUUUUCCUUGGC